UGUAUUUCCCUCUAAAAUCCUUGUUUCAACGUACCUCGAUUAGCAUGGAUUUAAUCAUUGCUCGAUAUCUCGAAUUAAAUCACAAGCGUUUAAAUCUCAAGUACGAAGUAGGUUUGGUUGGUACACGGUUGAUUGUUUUAGAAGUGAUGAGGCUAGUACAAAUUCGGUGUAAUUACUGAAUAAGAUGGAGCAACGAAGCCCCGACUCUUCAGCGCUAGUCUGCUGUGUGACAGUGGAAUGGCUGAAUUCUCAGAAUUCGGUAUCCCGUAGAACUAAUUUUAAAACCGUUACACUACGUUUAAUACGAAAUGAAUUUCGCGAAAUUUUCAUGGAUCUGCGUAGUGACAAGACAAAUUGCAGAUAUCACCUGAAAGGGAUCAGUGUACACAAGAAGUUCAUGGCAGAGGGUAAGGCUUCCAUUAGUUUCUCUGAGCAGAAAAUGAUGCUUCUCAUUUUUAAUGCCCCUCCAACUCAGCUGUUGGCUUUCUUAAGAACCAUGUUCAUCAAACUGUCUGGGGACCGCGGAGAGUCUAAAGUUGGAACCCGAACACAACUAUUGUCCAGUAAACCAAGUACUCUGCAGGAGAUCAGCCCAGUGACCCUUCAGGAAGUAAACCAAGUGAAGCAGAAGGCGGGUUGCUGCUCCAUGACACCGCCAGGCACCAAGAAAAGGACUCUGCAGGGACAGGAGGCCCCCAGGCAGGGAAAGAAGUCUCACAUGUCAUUAUCUCUUGGCCCCAGUUCGCUAACACAGGAGCAGAAGGAGGUGCUGAAUGCAGCGCUGAGUGGAAAGAAUGUAUUUUUUACAGGCAGUGCUGGGACAGGCAAGUCAUACUUGCUGCGUCGGAUCAUUGGGGCUCUACCGCCAGAUGUUACCGUGGCCACAGCAAGCACAGGUGUUGCAGCCUGCCACAUUGGAGGAGUAACGUUGCAUUCAUUUGCUGGUAUUGGCAGUGGUCAGGCAUCUGUAGAACGGUGCAUUGAGCAGGCAAGCAGGCCCCAGGUGCAGCAGGCAUGGCGCAAAUGUCGCCAUCUGAUAAUUGAUGAGAUAUCGAUGGUAGAUGGCUUGUUCUUUGAGAAGCUGGAGCGAGUUGCACGUGUGGUGAGAGGGAACGACCGCCCAUUUGGAGGGCUGCAGUUGAUCCUGUGUGGAGAUUUCUUGCAGCUGCCUCCUGUGACACGGGAGAUGGAUCAGAAGGGAGCUCGCUUCUGUUUCCAGAGCCCUGCAUGGGACCGAUGUGUGCAUGUCAGCUUUGAGUUGAAUCAGGUCCAUCGACAGUCAGACCCUGUGUUCAUUGAGAUCUUGCAGAAUGUGCGUAUUGGCAGAGUUACACCUGAGAUAACAGCCCAGCUCCUGGCCACAAUGGACCACAAGGUGGAGAGGGGGGGUAUUUUAGCGACUCAGCUGUGCAGCCACAUGCAGGAUGCUAACCUAAUCAACAGCAGCAGGCUGAAUAAUCUUGCAGGUGCCACUAGGACAUUUGAGGCAACAGACAGUGAUCCCUACUUGACCAAGAUGCUUGAUCAGAUGACUCCUGUGCCCAGUUCCUUGGUACUCAAGGUCGGAGCUCAGGUGAUGCUUAUGAAAAACAUAAAUGUGGCAGAUGGCAUGGUGAAUGGCGCUCGGGGAAUCAUCACCAGUUUUGAUGACAAAGGUUUGCCUGUAGUGCAGUUCUGCUCAAAGAAGGAGAUGGCACUGAAGCCUGAACGGUGGAUCAUUAAGACACGCAGUGGGGCACUGCUGUCACGCAAACAGAUCCCACUGCGGCUUGCCUGGGCUUUCUCCAUUCAUAAAUCUCAGGGACUGACCCUGGACUGUGUUGAGAUGUCUCUGGCUCGUGUGUUUGAGGCUGGUCAAGCCUAUGUGGCCCUGUCCAGAGCAAAGAGCCUUGACACACUAAGGAUCUUGGACUUUGACCCAAAACAAGUCUGGGCGAACCCUGACGUCCUGGCAUUCUACAAGAAGUUCCGCAGGAAACUGCACCAAAUGCAGAUUGUCCCACUUGGCAGGCCCAGAGUUUAACAGGUGUUGAGGCCAGGAUUUAAAUUGAGCUCUUGAUCUGUGAUACUAAGGGCAAGGCAUAAUCACAAACAUUGCAGUAGUAGACUUGAAAGGAUUCUGACGAUGGUGUAUACUGUACUUCUUUUGGCUUGUUUUGGACUUCAGUGAUUGAGA